UUAGACCUUGAAAAUAUACAUUUUCAAUUUUUACUCCCUAGUUUUUCUUCAAUUACCGAAUAAAUUUUGAUAGCUACCUGCCUUUACCGCUCGGUUUAUUAAUUCUUAAUGACAAGUGACAUCUUUUAUUUUUUUCUUCGUAUGGUUUGGUUUUCAUUUAAAGUGCGCUUCAUAUGAACUAAGCGCGGCAAAAUUAAAACAUAUUAAAAUAAUCUCAAAAAUAAUAGGAACUACUGAGUAACUAUUUAAUGUAUACAGCAAGAAGCAUAAUCUGUAAUGAGAUAUCAAGUCAUAAGCGGAGAAUAAAAAAUGUCGGAGAACAAAGCACUGGAAGAAUCGUCGAAGUACAUCGAUGAGAUGAGAAGCUGGUUGAACCAGCAGCCGCACCUACCGAAAAAUAUAGAGGACAAAAUGCUACUACGUUUCGUGCACAGCUGUUACUACGAUGUGGACAAAGCGAAGGCGGCGGUAGAGUCGUUCCUGAACAUUCGACUGAGCUGCGCCGACUUACUGAACAAUCGGGACCCCAUGUCAGCGGAGAUACAGAAAACUAUGAGUAUUGUUAAUCUAGCGCAGAUCGAAGCAGCGAAUAAGCAAUACAUUUGGAUGUGGCAAUUAAACGACCCAGGCUUAGAGAUCUACGACUACGUGAAGGACGCUAGGUAUUUCUUCCUGGCUUCAGACGCAUACUUUCUUCAUAACUCCGAAUUCCCUGACGCAGAUAUAGUCAUACUAGAUGUGAAGGACCUCAGCUUGAAGUUUUUGACCAAAUUCAAUAUUUCCGUGGCGAAGAAAUUGUCCAAAUAUCAAGAGGAUGCAAUGCCGAUAAGACUAAAGCAAGUGCAUUUAAUAAAUGCGCCGUCGACAAUCGAUAAAAUAUUUGGACUCCUGAAACCGUUUAUGAAGAAGGAAAUCACUGAAUUGAUACAUUUCCACCCUCCGAAUUCCCAAACGCUGUUCAAUUUUAUCGACAAGGCGGACUUGCCGGCGGACUAUGGCGGCACUCGACCAUCAAUGGCGGAGCAGAAUAAGGAUAUCGUCGCUGUUAUUAUGAGCAAAAGGAAAGAGCUAAUGGACGACACAUUAUGGAGAGCAAUACCAACUGAGAAGAAAAAUAAGUCAAGUAAUAAUAAUAUUGCACCUGUGCCUUCAUUCAGGUCUUUAGCUAUUGACUAGAUUUCAAAAAUAGGUCUCCUUGCAUAGAUCUGUUUUCAUUUUAAAUAAUUACAAUAAUUGCUUUUAGAAAUUCGUAAAAAAAUAUGUAAAAAUUAUUUAGAAAUAUAAUUAGCACUUGGGACUAAGGUAAACAGGGUUUUCAGGUAGUGAUAAAACCAUAAAAAUAAAUUAGUACUGUUAUUGUCCAAGUUAUAUUACGUCUUAAAUUUAUAAUUAUUACCUAUGCUGUUCCUUCAAGACGAAUGCCAAUAUAAAUCGUAGAGUCGGAAUGAUAUUUUUAAAUAUUUUCUCCAAAGUCUAAUAAAUCUGUAGAAGGGUCAAUUCUUUAAAUUGAAAAUAUUGAAAAAAUAAAUAGCAGGGGGUGUUACUGUAUCGAUACCAAACCCAAAUAUGUGAUUAAAAAAUUUUUUGUCUGUCUGUCUGUCUGUAUGUUCAGGCAUCAAGUGAAAACUAACGGUUCAAUUUCGAUGAAACUUGGUAUAACUAUACCUUAUUACCCUGGGCAUAAAAUGGGAUACUUUUUAUCCUGAAAAAAUACGUAGAAAAAAUAAAUCUUAAUUUUUCUUAAUUUUUCCGCGCGGACGGAGUCGCGGGCGGAAGAUAGUUAUGCAAUAAUAAUGUAACUUUAGUUGAUGUCAAAUAGAUUUUUUAACAAGGCCGAUAUUAAUGUGAUAUUGUUUUGAAUUAGAUCUGUCUUUAGUUUGGCAAUGUGAUAACCAGCUUUGUUCCGACACACAUACAAUAGAACAAUUGUAAUUAUUCCUGUGUACAUAAUUACAUAAGUCCUAGAAAAUUUAGGAGGGUUCUAUAGAAAAUAAUUAUAAGUAAAAAAUAUAAAUUGCAUUUAAAUCCAUUCUCAAUACAAAUAAUGUCAUGUUUCCUGCAUUUACCCUAUUUUCAUAGUAAUGAAUAAAUCACAAUUUGGAUUAUUGACGUGAUAACGUCUUUAAAAUCGUUUUAGUCGGGUGACAUGUUCAGAAACUUGUGUCACACCAAAACCUCACGAGCGCGAUCGCAGGUAUAACGAGAGAGAGACGGACCGAUCUCCCGUCUCAUCUCGAGCGCUACCACUGCAUUAUGUUAUCACGUAAACAUCUUGAUCGUAAACCUACUUUACAAACAACUAGUUUUUUUGGGGAUAUAAUGUACUUUAAAAAUUAAGAAUGUAUUGCUUUGCUUAUAAACUCAUUUACACUCAUAACUUAUCAACUCAUAUAAUAUUAUACUUAAUAUAACUUCUUUGGUCAACUUUAUUCAUAGAAUAUACUAUGAUAAGAUUCAUCAUGAAAAAGUUUAAUGCUACAUAGGUACAUUUUGCAUUUAUAUAAGUAGGUCAACAAACAAAAAGCAAGAGAAAUACAUAAUUUAUAUGCUCACUUUUUUAAAGGUA